AUGAAUAUUUUUAACAACCUAUUUUUAUUGCAUCUGAUAACAAGAUGCUAGUUUGAAACCCUUUAAUAUCAAAAUUUUUUUCCAAGCAUGAAUUUUGGUAAUGAGUGUAGGAUAUAUUUAUUUAGAUUGGUAUUAAAACUCCUAUUAUUGUUAAUCAACAACUUGUGGUUUAAGUAAAAUUUUUGGAGGUUAUAGCUGCUUUAAUUAUACCAUUAUCAUAGUAAAGACUUUUGAGCUCCAACCACAUUAUAAAUUAAGAAUAAAAUUUGUUUUUUGGAGGUUAAUAUUCAGAUAUAUUAAUAGAAUUGACUUGUGGGACAAUGACCCUUUUAGUGUUUAUAUAGAUAAUAUUUAAACGCAUAGUGCAAUAUAUAAUAACACUACAAGUGCAAGCAAUAUUUGCGGACAAUCUUAUUAUGAUGAGACUUUUUAACUGGAUUUGACUGCUAAUCAUUCAAGCCCAACAGCUUAGAUAUUAAUAACAGGAUAUAAAUAUUGGGGAAUUUCCUAAUUUCAAUUAUUCAUAGAAAAAUGUCCAGAUGGUUGUGAUUCUUGUGAUGAGAAUGGGUGUUAUAAUUAAAUAUUAUAUAUUUAAUCUUUUAUUGCUAAAACCGUCAAUUAUGCUGACUUUAAUGAAGGAUGGUUGUAGGAAAAUGGACAAAUGUAAAAUAGUAUAGUUAAUAUAGAAGGUAUUUUACAAUUUAUUUUAGAUUAUUAAAUUUAUUAAUUAAUGUCUUUGAAUUCUACUAAAACAAUAUAACUACCAGCUCAUGAUGCUGUUAGCAUAUCAAUGAAAUUAAUCAGCUUCAACUAACAUCACUAAUUUGAUAUCCUAAUUGAUGACCAGUUAGUAGUUGUUUCAGAAGUUCUUCAGUUUGUAUCAAUUUAUGGUAGCUAUAAUAUUCAUAAACAAUUACUCGCAAGUCAAAUUAAUAUCCAUUAAUUCCCACAUAAGCAUAAUUCAAUUAAUUUAAGAAUAACCAUGAAAUCAUAGAGAAUUUAUACGGCAUUUUACAGUUAAGGGGCUGGAAUUAGAGAUUUUUAAUUAUUUUUUAGACCAAUUUUAAUUGAAGAUUCUUGCUUUGAUAAUAAUGUCUAUCCUUUUGAUGGAUGCUUUGCUGAGAUUUAUGAUUGUAUUGAAGGUUGUGCAAACUGUGUAAAAGGUGUUUGUUUGGAAUGCUCACAAGGAUGGGAAUUUUAUGAAUAAAAUAAGAAUUGUUUACCGAUAUGUGGUGAUUCUAUUAUUACCUACUUUGAAGAAUGCGAUGAUGGUAACACAUAUCCAUAUGACGGAUGCCAUUAAUGUAAAUACUCUUGUUAAGAGGAUUGCUUAAUCUGUGAAUUUGGGUAUUGUCUUAAUUGGAAAACAUCUUACAAAGACCUUGAGAAUAUUUCUUAUAGUAAAAAUUUGAAAUUAAGACUACCAAUUACACAAAAAGAUCUAAGUCAUAUUUAGUGUUAAUAUUUGUAUGAUUCAUUAGAAUGCCAUGAAUAUGUAAAUGAGUUUGCAUGGUUAUUUUUAAGUUGCAAUUCUUAGUAUAAGAUGAAUGAAAAGAAAAAAACAAUUAGCCAAAAGAAAUGCGGAGAUUUAAUUAUUACAUGCGAUGAAGAGUGUGAUGAUGGUAAUAGAGUAGAACAUGAUGGUUGUCAUAACUGUAAAUAUUCGUGUCCAUUGAAUUGUCAUCAAUGUCAAUUUGGAAAAUGUAAAUAAUGUUUACCAAAAUACGAACUAAUAUUUGGGUAAUGCAAAUAUAUUUGUGAUGGUUCUGAGAGUUAAGAAGAAUAAGAAAAUAGAAGAUGUUAUAAUAGAAUAAAUAAUUUGAUUGAGAAUGGACAUUACUAACAUAAUCUCUUUAAUAUCCAAAAUUCAAAAUAUAAAAUAAUAAUUCCUCUAACUUGCAGCCUUUCAGAUUUUGGAAUUUUAGGAUAUUUUUAUAAUUAAUGUAAAAUAGCAGCGAUAAAAAAUUGUAAAGAAAGUAUCUAUGAUAAAUGUCUAUAAUGUGAUGAUAAUUAUGUAUUGGAAUAUAAUAGAUUGGCAUGUACUCCAAUUUGUAAUGAUGGGUUUGUAAUAGAAAAUGAAGUAUGUGAUGACUAGAACAACAUUUAAUUUGAUGGAUGUUACAAAUGCCAACAAAGUUGCUUAUUGGAAUGCUUAAAUUGUGUUGAAAAUAAAUGCUAUUAGUGUCUUGAUGGUUGGCAGCUAAUAGAUUAUGGUUGUUAUCAAUAUUGUGGAGAUGGUUAAGUAGCCUAAUCUUCUAUGGAACAAUGCGAUGAUGGAAAUUAUGAUAAUGGAGAUGGAUGUUAUUAAUGUAAAUUCGAGUGUGUUCCAUAUUGCAAAUCCUGUGCUGAUAGACAUACUUGUUUGGUUUGUGAAAAAUACUUUGAAUUGUCUAACGAUUCCUGUAGACCAAUAUGCGGAGACGAUAAUAUUGUUGAUGGAUUGGAAGAAUGUGAAGAUGGAAAUGAUAUUCCUUAUGAUGGUUGUUUUAACUGUCUGUUUUAGUGUGAGAAAGCAUGUUAAAUUUGUCGUUAAGGAUCAUGCAUAGAGUGCAUAGACGGGUAUAUAAUUGCAAAGGAUUACUGUGAGGUUUAUAAUUACACAUUCAUUAUCGAUGAAGAUGAGGAUGAAGUUGUCUAAAAUUAAUGUGCUGAUUCUAAAUACUCCAAUAACGAAGAAUGUGAUGAUGGGAAUAAAAUUUGAUGGUGAUGGUUGUUCUAGCUCAUGUCAGAUUGAACCUUAUUGGUUUUGUAAUAACUAUCCAAAUAAACCUAGUGUUUGUUCUCCUAACACUAUUAUAAAAUUAUAAUACCUUAAUGAAACUUAAUAAAUUUAAUACAUUUAAUUAUACUUCUCAAAUAAAGUUAAAUUAAAUGAAACUAUUUUAAAUUUUACUGAUUAAAUAAAACCGUCUAUCCCUUCUAUUGAACAAGACGCAUAUGCUAUUACUAUAAAUCCUGUAGUUGAAAUUGAUUAGACUGUUCUACUUGAUGUUAGCUAUGAAUUUGAAAUUAAAUUCUUCGAGCCUAUUACAGCAACAACUCUUUUCCUAGCUGUCCAAAUAGAUGCUAAUUUAGAGGACCAAAACCAAAUGUUGGUUAAUACUUCAAUCUAAACUAUUAAUUUAUAAUUACCCAAAAUCUUGAACAAAAAUUAGUUAUAAACUGCCAAUAACUUUCAAGCUCUUGGUAAUUAUAUGAUGAUUGGAUUAGCUAGCAGCAGUGUCUUUUUAUUCUUUUUUGGAAAUCCUAGUUAAUGCUUGGAAAUUUUAGAUACUUUGCAAUUUUAAUCAUAUCUGAAAUUCAUAAAUGUUCAAUUUCCAUAAAACAUUCAAAUAUAUUUUGAAUCUUCAAAAUUUGUAACUGUUAGUCCUGUCUUGGUAAAGUUACAAGUGCAUGAUUUUUUAGAAUAAUUAAUUGGAUAUGAAUAGUUAGACAGUAUAGGUAAGUUUUUUGAAUAUCAAUUAAACGCAGAUUUGUUAGUUAAUAUUUAUGGGCAAUUAAUUCAAAUAGGGUCUCUGAUUGUUUUGUAUAUUAUUGUAAAAUGCUAUUAAAAAAUUAUCUAUUCACAUUGCUUUGGCAUCAAAUAUAUAUAUUAUUUUAGACUCCUUAAUCAUAGAGUAGCUUAAUUUUUUGGAAUUAAAUUUUAUUACAUUAAUAAAUAUAUAUGUAAAAUAGGUGAUAUCUUUACUGGAGUAGGAUUAAUUCAAUUAUACCAUGCUAAUAGCUGGGAUCUAUUAUUUAAAAUUUUAAUGUAUUUAGCUUCCAGUCAUUAGUUAGGAUUAAGAAAAAUCAUUUCUCAUACUAUUUCAAUUGCAUAUCUGGUGUCCAUAAUUAUCAUUUUAAGCAAACAUUUCAGAAGUUAGAGUAAAUAAAUUAGAUUAAAAGAUCUAAGAAUCACAUAGCAUGAAGACAUUAUUUUACUCAAAAAACUCCUUUUUUUAGUAGUUCUUAUUAUUUUGCAAAGUUACCCUCUCAUACAAUGCUUGCUAUUAACAUGUGUAUUAUUUUGGUAUCUUGGAUCACUAAUUAGUACUCAAUUCACUUCAAGUAAACUCGAUUUACUGAUAAUUAUUUGGAUGGAAGGACCAGUAAUGAUCUUUACAUUAUCUUGUAUAAUUUAUUGCCCUGACUUUUCAAAGCAUUUUUCGACUGAUCAAUAAAUAAAUGCGGGGUUUAUAUAAAUAAGUUUCUUGAUACUAGCUUUGGCCUCUCCCUUAGCGAGGUGCGGUUAUUAAUUUUAUCUUAAAGUCAAAACAUACUGUUUGAAAAGAAUGUAGAUGAGGAAACCAAUUGUAAUGAAUGUUAGAAAUAUAUUUUUAAUAAUUGAAAAUAAUUGA